UGAUUGUUUAUGCUUGUUUGUUUCGUGUUUCGUUUUCGGCGUCUUGAUUCCGAUCUAUAUUAUUCUAUGUUCAAUUUGAUUUCUCAUUUAUUUGUAAUUUAUCCAUAGGAGUAGUAUUACAAAAUCAUAAUAAUGGCUCUCAGAACAUACGGCGAUAAGCCGAUUAGUUUUCAAAUCGAAGAAGGUGGAGAUUUUUAUUGUGUCGGAUCAGAGGUUGGCAACUACCUGCGGCUGUUCCGUGGGUCUCUUUACAAGAAGUACCCUGGCAUGGCCAGAAGGACUCUUACUAAUGAAGAGAGAAAGCGACUGAUUGACAAUGGCCUAGGGCCGCAUGUACUCUCUAGCUCUGUUUCAUUACUAAAAGCUUCUGAAGUUGAAGAUAUUAUUGAAGGAAAUGAUGAUAAGUACAAAGCUAUAUCAGUGAGUCAGGAGUUAGCCACACCUAGAGAAAGCAAGAGUAAAAAGCCACACAAUCCAUCAUGGCUCCCUGUUAUGCCAAACUCUUCACAUUUAGAUGCGGUACCUCAGGCGACACAGAUCAGCAGAACUAGAGUUCAUAAUAAAAAGGUGCGCACAUUCCCAUUGUGCUUUGAUGACACAGAUAUGACGGCCAUGUUGGAGAAUGCAUCCCAGAAGCAGAUUUUAGUGCCGAUACGUCUUGAUAUGGAGAUUGAGGGCCAGAAGCUAAGAGAUACAUUCACCUGGAAUAAAAAUGAAUCAAUAAUAACACCGGAACAAUUUGCGGAGGUGCUCUGCGAUGAUUUGGAAUUGAACACGGUUACAUUUAUACCGGCCAUAGCAUCGUCUAUCCGUCAACAGAUUGACGCAUUCCCCAAUGAACCUCCUGCUAUACUGGAGGAGCAGAGCGACCAAAGAGUUAUUAUUAAACUUAAUAUCCAUGUUGGGAAUACUUCGUUAGUUGAUCAGGUUGAAUGGGAUAUGUCUGAAAAAGAGAAUAAUCCUGAACAAUUUGCUAUGAAACUUUGUGCCGAGUUGGGGUUAGGAGGGGAGUUUGUGACGGGCAUAGCUUACAGUGUGCGGGGACAGUUGGGUUGGCAUCAGCGGACUUAUGCAUUCAGUGAAGCACCAUUGCCUGUUGUUGAGACACCAUAUAGGCAACCAUCUGAAGCAGAUCAAUGGGCUCCGUACUUGGAAACUCUUACCAAUGCUGAAAUGGAAAAGAAGAUACGAGAUCAAGAUAGAAACACACGUCGAAUGAGACGUCUGGCUAACACAACACCGGAUGUGUCGUUGAGCCGGGCCGUCAACCGGCUGAUCCGUGCCGACGAGGCCCUCUUCCAGAACACGCCAGAAAAGAGGAGGAAAAAAAUUUAAUCGCCCAACGCUUGCCGACAACACAUAUACCUGCUUCACUAUUUUAUAACGGUUUUUAUAACAUUAGAUUAUCAUUAGUUCUAGUUUUAGGUUCGUGCACAAAAAAAAAGUUAUUUCCAAACGUAUUUACGGCUCGG